AUGAGUUAUGGAAAACGGGAUCUGUUAAAAAUUCUGGCAAAUCGUGCAUAUUAUUCACCGGAAGUGAGUGAAACUGAAGAUGAAGGUUCAAAAUCAGUCAUUAAUGUUUAUGAUCUAUCGUGGCGCUCAGAAGAGUUGAGACUUUUAUUAAGAAAUGUUCUCGAUAAAUAUGUAAGAGUGGGACAAACGGCGCAGCAAUUGCGACCUCAGAACUAUGACAACGAGAUACAAUGCUAUGAUAAAGUACCAUUGGAUGAUGCUCCCGAUUGGUCAUAUGUUGAUCAACCAGAUAUGGUAUAUGACACAGAAUAUACAGACAAUUUAAAUAUUGAUGGUGAAGAUUUAGACGCAAUUUUGGAAGAUAAAGCGGAUAAAUCUGAAAGUUUUAUGCAAGAAGAUUAA